AUGGAAGCUCAAAGUGCUGGUACAGACAGUGGGAAUAUCCCACUUGCAGUAGAUAUGGCAGCUCAAAGUGCUGGUGCAGUCAAUGAGAAAUCCCCACUUGCAGUAGAUAUGGCAGCUCAGAGUGCUGGUGCAGACAGUGGGAAAUCUCCACUUGCAGUAGAUAUGGCAGCUCAACGUGCUAGUGCAGACAUUGGGAAUACCCCACUUGCAGUAGAUAUGGCAGCUCAAAGUGCUGGUGCAGUCAAUGAGAAAUCCCCACUUGCAGUAGAUAUGGCAGCUCAGAGUGCUGGUGCAGACAGUGAGAAAUCUCCACUUGCAGUAGAUGUGGCAGCUCAACGUGCUAGUGCAGACAUUGGGAAAUCUCCACUUGCAGUAGAUAUGGCAGCUCAACGUGCUAGUGCAGACAUUGGGAAUACCCCACUUGCAGUAGAUAUGGCAGCUCAAAGUGCUGGUGCAGUCAAUGAGAAAUCUCCACUUGCAGUAGAUAUGGCAGCUCAAAGUGCUAGUGCAGAUAGUGGGGAAUCCCCACUUGCAGUAGAUAUGGCAGCUCAAAAUGCUGGUGUAGGCGGUGAGAUGGCCCCACUUGCAGUAGAUAUGGCAGCUCAAAGUGCUGGUGCAGACAGUGAGAAAUCUCCACUUGCAGUAGAUGUGGCAGCUCAACGUGCUAGUGCAGACAUUGGGAAUACCCCACUUGCAGUAGAUAUGGCAGCUCAAAGUGCUGGUGUAGCCAGUGCGAAAUCCCCACUUGCAGUUGAUAUGGCAGCUCAAAGUGCUGGUGCAGUCAAUGAGAAAUCCCCACUUGCAGUAGAUAUGGCAGCUCAAAGUGCUGGUGCAGACAUUGGGAAAUCUCCACUUGCAGUAGAUAUGGCAGCUCAAAGUGCUGGUGCAGUCAAUGAGAAAUCCCCACUUGCAGUAGAUAUGGCAGCUCAAAGUGCUGGUGCAGACAGUGAGAAAUCUCCACUUGCAGUAGAUGUGGCAGCUCAACGUGCUAGUGCAGACAUUGGGAAUACCCCACUUGCAGUAGAUAUGGCAGCUCAAAGUGCUGGUGUAGCCAGUGCGAAAUCCCCACUUGCAGUUGAUAUGGCAGCUCAAAGUGCUGGUGCAGUCAAUGAGAAAUCCCCACUUGCAGUAGAUAUGGCAGCUCAAAGUGCUGGUGCAGACAUUGGGAAAUCUCCACUUACAGUAGAUAUGGCAGCUCAAAGUGCUGGUGCAGCCAGUGAGAAAUCCCCAUUUGCAGUAGAUAUGGAGGCUCAAAGUGCUGGUGCAGCCAGUGAGAAUACCACACUUACAGCAGACAUGACAAGACCUGAUUCAGAUAGUCAGAAAACUGCAUUUGCAGAAGAUAUGAUAGCUAUGAAUACACUUGGAAACUUACUUGUGAAAAGUAUGAAAGACAUGGACCUACAUUUAUCACAUGUAUCAGUAGAGACUGAACACCUGUUGGAAGAGAGUAUUUAUUCUUCUGACCAAUUUUCAGAGAGUGGAAAUUCAUGUGCCGAAUUUACACAGAGUACAGAUAAAGACAGUUGUAAUUCAUCUGUAGAAAGUGUUUCACAUACUGAUGUAUCUGCCAAGGCGUUUGAAGAUAUAAGUCUAUCUUCUUCAAAAACAUCUCUCCAAGGCAUAUCACCUGCCAAGAAACAUGAAAACACUCCCAAUUAUGAGAAACCAUGCCCAAAUUAG